AAAGGGCUAUUGCAAGGCACGAAGUCAGAGAAAUAGAACAACGCCACACAGUAGAUGGCCCCCGACAAGAUGUGACCCUGGAUGAAGAAGACGAUGUGGUGAUUAUUUACAAUAGAGUACCUAAAACUGCAAGCACAUCCUUCACAAAUAUUGCCUAUGAUCUUUGUGCAAAGAACAAAUAUCAUGUUCUACAUAUCAAUACAACCAAAAACAAUCCUGUUAUGUCUCUGCAAGAUCAGGUCCGAUUCGUGAAGAAUGUGACUUCCUGGAAGGAAAUGAAACCAGGAUUUUACCAUGGACAUGUUUCCUAUUUGGAUUUUGCAAAAUUUGGUGUUAAAAAGAAACCAAUUUACAUAAACGUCAUAAGAGAUCCUAUAGAACGACUGGUUUCUUACUACUACUUUUUGCGCUUUGGAGAUGAUUACAGACCAGGGCUGCGAAGGCGAAAACAGGGGGAUAAAAAGACCUUUGAUGAAUGUGUAGCGGCCGGAGGCUCGGACUGUGCUCCAGAGAAACUUUGGCUUCAAAUUCCAUUCUUCUGUGGCCACAGCUCAGAAUGCUGGAAUGUGGGAAGCAGAUGGGCUUUGGACCAAGCCAAGUACAAUCUAAUUAAUGAGUACUUCCUAGUAGGAGUUACUGAAGAGCUUGAAGACUUUAUCAUGUUACUGGAGGCUGCGUUGCCCCGGUUCUUCAGGGGUGCUACAGAGCUGUAUCGAACAGGAAAGAAGUCUCAUCUUAGGAAAACAACCGAGAAAAAACUUCCCACAAAAGAAACUAUUGCCAAGCUACAACAGUCUGAAAUCUGGAAAAUGGAGAACGAGUUCUAUGAAUUUGCACUGGAGCAAUUUCAGUUUGUCAGAGCACAUGCAGUUCGGGAAAAAGAUGGCGAGUUGUAUAUUCUGGCUCAAAACUUUUUCUAUGAAAAGAUUUAUCCUAAAUCAAUCUAAGAACACACUACUGUUAGCUCAAUGGACCUAAACCUGUGGUCGCAUCAUCAUCUUAGUCCUCAGCUCUGGAAGCUAAAUUGCUGUAGGCCUCCAAGACAUUUCUCUAUAGAUCGAAGGGGGCUAUGGACCACGUCCAGGGAGUUGGAUACUGAUUAACUAUGUUGGUAAUCCAGAAGCAAAAGCUUCCUUUUAUCAAACUAAUAUUUUCAGUGGAAGUUAAUACCCCUUACCUGAAGAAAACUACACCUUAAUUUGCAGCAAUUAACCACACAGCAGUUCUAGUUGAAAAUAUAAACAAACAAAAAUGCUUCUCUUAAUGCUCUUUUUAAGUUUUGGAGCAAUUUAUUUUCUUUUAUACUUCUAUGAAGAGGAAAUCAUUUUUCCCAGCUUUCAACAUGGAAAUUUUGGUUGUAUACAAUGAGUAGUGUUAAUAACUGGUUGACAUCUAUGCUUUGUUUUUGAAAAUGUCAUGUUACAUGAUAUUAAUUGUGAUGGUUAAUCAUGUUUUGCUGAGAAAUGCUGCUGCUGCUGGAAUUGCCCGUGUUUAUAUAUAUGUGGUUUUAUUAGAAAGCUACAACUGAUCA